UAUACAAAGAUCUAAGAUAACUGAGAGGGAACUUGGUCAUUUAUAUACCUCACAAGAAUGAAGUAGACUUUCAACAGAAGUCUAUCUUUGUCCUUCUGAUCUGCCUACAUUAUGAAGUCUUUGGUUUACACAGAAGCAGAAACUAUUGAGAUCUGAAUGUGCUGACAUGUAGAAAAAGAACUCUGACCUCCAGUUCUCCCAUCCUAUGCACUGAGCAGAACAGGACUUACUCCAGCCUGAAAAGGACAUGAAUCUCAAGCAAGACGGAAGUUCUAUUCAUACACCUUGAACAUGUAAAAUCAAAAGCUAAUGCUACAUGAGGAUGCAUAAACCAGAUCAAAUCUCAUAGGAGAAGCAGCUUCAAAGGUCAGAAAUGUGCUAGCCUGAACUCAGCACAAUUUUUGGAUCAGUGCUAGUUAAUUAAUAAUCUUAUGCAUUAUUUAAACUCAAAUCCUCAGCUAGUGAUACAUAUAUAUCCAGCUUUACAAAGUGAUACGAGUGACAACACACUACCAAACACCAAACUCAAGAUUCCAUAACUACCCAUUCUUACCAUGAGGAAUAUUUAGCUAAUAAUUUUCCUUUAUGCAAAUAGAGCGAUGUCCGGCUGAAGAUUUCCAUUCAUUCCAACGUGCAAAAACAGAGCUGGUACAUUUCUGUCAAAAAGCUAACCAGGAACACAUUAAUGAAGUAAACACUGGGAAAAUGGAAAGACCACUUGAGACUACCAGAAUGGCAAACAACACCUCAUCCUGCUUUCUCAUGGAAAGAAAGACUCAUAUCAAGAUUAACAGGAAAGAAAUCAUGCUAGCUAAGCUGAGAAAGACCUGCUCUUGCACACCACAGAAGCUGAAGAACUUUCUUAUGGACUUCUUUCCUGUUUUGCGAUGGCUUCCCAAGUACCGAUGCAAAGAGUACAUUUGGGGGGAUAUUAUGUCUGGGUUAGUGAUUGGGAUCAUUUUGGUGCCUCAAGCAAUUGCAUAUUCACUGCUGGCAGGUCUGAAGCCCAUUUAUAGCCUUUACACAUCCUUCUUUGCCAACAUCAUCUAUUUCUUAAUGGGCACAUCCCGUCACGUCUCAGUUGGCAUUUUCAGCUUGAUAAGCUUAAUGGUGGGACAAGUUGUGGACCGAGAACUUCUCUUGGCUGGGUUUGACUUGAAUGAUGAUGCUCCACCAGCCUCAGGUGAUGGCUCUCUGCAAAAUGACAAUCUGUCCAACACAACUGCCUUCAACCUUACCAUUGUGGGGAUAAAUGCCGAGUGUGGGAAAGAGUGCUACGCUAUUGGCAUUGCUACAGCCUUGACAUUCAUGGCUGGAGUGUAUCAGGUUCUAAUGGGGAUCUUCCGUCUAGGUUUCGUAUCUAUGUACCUAUCUGAGUCUGUACUAGAUGGCUUUGCAACUGGUGCUUCCUUAACCAUUUUAACAGCUCAAGUGAAGUAUCUUAUCGGAAUAAAAAUUCCACGUAGCCAAGGGCAUGGGAUGCUUGUUAUUACCUGGAUUAACAUUUUCCGGAACAUUUCUCAGGCUAACCUUUGUGAUGUCAUCACAAGUGCCAUUUGUAUCGUGGUGCUGGUCACUGCAAAGGAACUCGGAGAUCGGUAUAAGCAUAAACUGAAAUUUCCUCUUCCCACAGAGCUGGUAGUUAUUGUUGUGGCAACGCUGGUGUCACACUAUGGGAAGUUAAAUGAAGUGUAUGCAUCCAGUGUUUCUGGAGCUAUUCCAACAGGAUUUAUCCCUCCAAAGGUACCAGAGUUCAACUUAAUGCUCCGAGUUGCCCUAGAUGCUUUGCCUCUUGCCAUAGUCAGUUUUGUGUUCACUGUAUCCCUUUCCGAAAUGUUUGCAAAGAAAUAUGCUUACACUAUCCGAGCCAAUCAGGAAAUGUUUGCUGUGGGGUUCUGCAACAUCAUUCCUUCCUUCUUCCACUCUUUUGCAACCAGUGCAGCUUUGGCAAAAACACUCGUCAAAACAUCUACUGGCUGCCAGACUCAAAUCUCUGGAGUAAUUAGUGCAAUGGUGGUUUUGCUGGUGCUGCUCUUCCUGGCACCUCUCUUCUACUCCUUGCAGAAGUGUGUCCUGGCUUGCAUUAUCAUUGUGAGCCUUCGGGGAGCCCUGAGGAAGUUCCAAGAUGUGCCAGCACGGUACUGUGUGAAUAAGGUGGACACACUUGUUUGGGUAGUUACCAUGUCUGCUUCUGCUUUGGUCAGCACAGAAAUAGGGCUGUUGGUUGGCAUUGUUUUCUCCAUGUUAUGCAUCAUUGUUCGGACCCAGCGGCCACGGACAGCACUGCUUGGUCAGAUUCAAGACACAAGCUUUUAUGAGGAUGAUUUAGAAUAUGAAAAUCUCUCUACUGUUCCAAAGGUCAAAAUAUUUCGCUUUGAGGCCCCACUUUACUAUGCAAAUAGAAACUACUUCCUAAAGUCUCUGUACAGAUUGACCAAUUUAGAUCCUAACCUAGAAGCUGCUCGGAGGAAGAAAUAUGAGAAGAAGGAAAAGCAGCAUCUGAAAAAAGGAAAUCACAGAACAGCUAAUGGACUGGGCAUCGGAGAAACCACUUUGCAACUAGUUCCUAAGCAAAUUGAUUUCCAAGCCCUUGUUGUUGAUUGCUCUUCCAUCUCAUUUUUGGACACCACUGGAGUUAAUACUUUGAAGGAAAUCCUGAAAGACUACAAGAAUUUAAACAUUGCUGUUCUCCUGGCUUGCUGCAAUCCCUCAGUGAUAGACUCUCUGAAAAGAGGGGGUUACUUUGGAAAGGAUUUUGGAUGUAUGCAGGAAAUGCUAUUCUACAGUAUACAUAAUGCUGUCCUGUUUGCAAAAGACCAAAAGCUUCCAGCAGACUGCUCAGUUUAACUCUGUCUUCCUUGAUGAUUAACCACUAAGUGACAGAUAGAGAGGGGUAGUUUGCAACUAUCAGACACACUGUUGGCUGCACAAAGCCAUUCCCCCUAAAGAGUUCCACUUUAUGUCAUAUGCUACAAAGGGCAGCCACUGGGGAGGAAGUCCAGGACAAGAAUGGAAAGGUUAGACCACCACCUUCACUUUAAGAUGCAGGCGAUGGCCAUUUGAGAUUGACUUGUCCAUCAUACCAUGAUCGUUUGUGACUCAACAUGGAUAUCAGGGGACUGCUGUGGUGGAAGGCCUGCCCAGUGUUGCUCUCCCAGUGAUUUAAUGGCUGGUUUGUGUUAAGAAGGCUAAGCCACUUCCAUCAAAAUGCAAUCAAUAUGGCAUUCUGGAUACAUCAUUGUUUAAACAGUGGCUUGCAAGGCCUUACUCCUUCCAGUCAUUUCCAGUGUACUCCUAGACAAGUCCCCACUGUUUGCAAAAAAAAUAAAAUGUAUAAAAUAUUGUGGAAUGUAGAAUAUCUCUCCUCCUUAAUCACACAAGCUUAAUAGCAUAAUCUGCCACAGGAGAAGAAACUAUGAUCCAUCACAGGUUCCUCUCAAAAUGACCAUUUUCAAAAAUUGCUGGCUUUGGAGUUACAGGAGUCACCCGUUCUACUGGAUUAUAUCUGUCAAAAUUAGUUACUGAAGGCUGUGAUACCCCUAAUCAUGCUGGAAGAAAUAUGACUCUGAUGCGCAAAUUUGUAACUAGUAAAAGGAUAAACAGGAUUAAGAAAAAUGAAUGGCUUUAACUGGCAGCUACCCAGCUAGUUGUACCAUCCUGUAAAAUAAGUUGCCUCUGGUGGGCAGAUGCAACUAUAAUUCAGGGAUAGAUAAGGACCAUCAAACCUAAAACCUCAGAAUUGUGAUGCAGCAUAUCACUAUCUUCCUACAAAUGCCUACCUGGGUUCAAAGAAAAACAGGAUAAGAUAAGGGUAGGGUGGGAAGGUAAAUCUGCGAGUUUUCUUGAAGGGGAUUGAUGGAUCAGUCAGAACUGCCUGGCUGGUCUUCUCUGAUGCAAUGCUAAUGAAGUAUUACAAGUAACAUACAAGGGUCAAGUAAACGGAGCAAAUGCUUUGUAACUUGUGUAUCCCUCUAUGCUGAAAAAUUUUCACCACUGUUUGUACAUACUGCAGAUGUUGUGGGGGUUUUGUUUGCUUGGUGUUUUUUUCCUAUCAUAUUAAUCUUUGAUUUGAGGUCUACUAGACCACGUUUUCUGGGGCUGGUUACUUUCUAUAUUAAUCUGCAUUAACUACCGUUCAUUAUGCUUUAGUCAUCAGUUGUAUUGUUGUAUAUGUACAUUCUCUCUUCAUAAAUAAGUCUAGACUUGGAUUUUGAUUGUAACACAGUAUGCAGUGCUCUGGCCCAUGGCAUGGGCAGAAUAUUUUGUUUCAUACUCAAGUUUAUAAUUACCUGCACAAAAGGUAAGACAGCUGCGCUCACUCUCCUUUUUCAUGUCAGUUCACACCCCACCAAGCAUGGAAGGAAAUUCUAUCACAGCUGUGCCUCUCAAAACUAACAGACUCUAGAAAUAGAUUCCAUAUAUAAAGAAGCCAUUUCUUUGCCAUCCCAUUUUAAAAAAAUAGUCAACACAUCGUAUGACUUACUCAUUUCAACUUUUUAGGUCACUGAAUGAAAGAACAGUCAAACUGAGGUUCUCUAGGUGCUCUAGAGCCUGUCUGGCUCUCAGAAACAAGUAUGUUCUUAGAGGAAAAGCAGUGCACUUCCAAAGACCAAAAUAUCUUCACAGGGACAAUUGACUAGCACAGUAUCAAGCUAUUCAAUACUGGUGUUUUCACACACUCAUUGCAAAGGAAGCCUAUCGGCUGCACACUCUUAGUACUGCUAAAGCUGCAAAGUCUGACAGAAACAUCUGACACAAGAUUAAAGGAUUGACCAUUAGCAGUAUUUUCCUGUCAUAAAACAAUCCACAUUAUUAUUUAAAUUGCUGACUUGGUAUGAUUAGCUUCUUUCUGUUCUAAAAGGAAGUGAGCAGGGCACAAGGACAAAAACUGCUUAGUACCUGCUUUUAUUCGUAACUAAACCAAGAUAUUUUUUGAUCAGGGAAUACCUCUUUUAAGGUCCUGUUUAUGCCUAACAAGGCAAAUGGGUUUAUAAGAGUUACUACCAGACAGUAUCAAUAUAGAUAGUCAUAGUACACAGUGCUAAAACCAGCUGUCAUCGGAAGUCAAAUAAAACAUCCUACCAAUCUACACUGUUUUUAGUUUUAUGGAUCCAGAUACCAAUGUAGAACACAAAGAAAAAAAAUGUAAAGAUACUCUUAACUCUAGAUUAACCUCAUUUUAAAAGAAAAAAAAAAAAAAAAAGAAAGAGUAAUUCCAGUGGAAGGUGUAUCCUUGCAAGAGUCUCUGGAGAAUAAUGAAAAGGAUAAGAAAGCAGGAGUGGGAAGUCUCCUUUUCACCGUAUUUAAGUUGGUACCAAAGGAUACCUAAGUAAAUAAACUUGACUACACAUAAGAGAGAAGGUAAACUUCAGAAUUUAUAUAUGAAGAAAGAAACUAUUGAUCAGAAGAAACUGUAAGAACAAUUUCCUGUUUUGGUUUUACUGGCAGAGCUGGCUCACAAUCAACUGUGUUGGACAUUGUCAAACACAGCAUGGAAACAGCUUCAGUGUUAUGAUGUAGGGAUGCUGGCAGACUGUGAAUUAUUUCUAAGGAGUAUAUAAAAGGUAACUAAAAAAGCAAGCCUUUUUCUGGUCCAUCUAUGUUUGCUAUACUGAGUUAUACUAAGAUUAAAGAUAUGAAGAUUGAAAAUUAACAAAAACUACUGAUUCUCUUCUCUCCUAAUUUACCAGAAAUUAGCUAUCAUGUCUUGGGAGAGGAGCUGGGGAUAGGCUGGUAAUUCCAACUAGGUUAAUACUAAUAUUGAAAUAAAAACCAUUAUAUGCCUUUUAAGAAAUGUUAUAUGCUUCAUGUAGGUUAUUGGUUGGUUUUUUUUUUGUUUACUGUGAUGCCUUGUGAUUUACCAUGUAUCACGUAUCCAACAGAUCGUAGUACUGCUACAUAAAAAUGGGAAAGGAUUAUUAUUGUGGACUUGUGUGUCCCUUGGAACCAGGCAAAGAGCCGGAGUCUUCAGUUCAAAGUGUCUUGUCUUGUUGACUAGUGAAGCAUGGCCAGAAUGUGUGGUCUAGGUGUCAAAACAGCUCUAUUUACUGGCACUGGUAACCAACAACCUGGGAACUGUCCAGUCCAUGAAAGACAUCCUGGAUUUCCCCACAAUCAUGAAUAUUCCUGUGUCACAAGACCAAGACCAAGAGACAAAUGUGUGCUACUGGAUGGAAAAUAAAACUGUUUCUUUGAAAAUA